UCACCAUAUGACUACCUCAAUUGAAUAGCUUCGGGUUCCGGAGAUAACAAUGUUUUAGUCUGUUACCUUUCUUUCAAAAUACAAUAGUUAAUUUGAGUAUUACCAUCUUUUGCAUAUUGGAAACCUUCAUUGUAAUUUGAAUACACAAUUUUUGCAGUGAAUAAGCUUUUAACCUUAUCUUUCCUUGUUAAUUCUUCUUGUUUUGUUGAUGACAUGCCCACCGCCUCAUAACCCAUCUCUUCAUCUUUCUCUUUGAAAAUGGUAAAACAUUUGUAUCAUCUAUAUUUAUUUUAUUGAAAAUCAUUUCCAUCUCCAUGUAUCCACCUUUAAAAAAAUUAGAUUAUUCAAUCGGAUAAUGUUUUACAUUUUCUGUUCGAUGUAUUCAUCUUUUUCUUCUGGCCAUUCAAGUAACAAUGCCUGUCCGUAAAGAAGAGGCCCACCGAGCUUUGGAACUUUUAGAGGAAUACCAUUCGAAGUUACUAUCUCCUCGUGACAAACAAUUAAGGAAUGCGCUUGAAAGAGUUUUAAGAAUCUUCAAAUCUCGUCUGUUUCAAGCAUUGCUUGAUAUUCAAGAAUUCUAUGAACUUACCCUUCUAAAUGACGAUAAAAGUGUUCAACAAAAGACCGCGGAAACUUUACAGAUAGCUUCAAAAUGGGAGAGUAGCCCACUUAUUGCUCCACCAAUUGAUGAAGUCGACCUUGCUCAGCCACUACCUCAUUCCAGGUCAGUACCUAACCGAGCGGAUGUGGGUGGACAGCAAACAAAAUACUCUAGAGGCUAUCAAAGUGAUGAGGAUGUCAGCUCGUCUGAUUAUAGAGGACCAUUGCCCUCGAUAGACAACUUUAAUUUCAACAUUGUCUCUAGUUUAGAUGCAAUUUCUCGUAUCGAGAGACAAGUAGCUGAAGAACAACUUUCCGAGGAAGUGACCAAUUUACGAUCAAUACCUGGUCAAGGUAACCAGAUAAAUUCAGAUUCUCGUAUACAAAACUCACCGGCUCAUCGAGGUUAUCACGAGACUAACAAUUUUUACUCGGAUUCUUCUGGAGUUUCUCAUUCAAUUCAUUCACAUUUAUCUUACCCUCAUGAUCCUAAUCAAGGUCGACCUAGUCCAUCGAAAAAUCAUCCAACAAGAUCUAUUGAUGAUAUUACUAAUUCAGUGAUCAACCUCAAAUGUGAAUCUACAAAUCAUCCAAUCUGGGAAUAUGAAGAAAUAACUUUAGAGAGAGGCAAUGCAGGUCUUGGUUUUUCAAUAGCAGGAGGUAUAGGACCAGUAACUGGAAAUGAAAAUUUACCCGUUAAUACUGAUACAAACAUUUAUGUAACCAAAAUAAUCUCUGGUGGUGCAGCAGCAUUAGAUGGACGGUUACAAGUUGAUGAUAUUAUACUUAAAGUAAAUGACAUAGAUUUGAUAAACUGUCCUCAUCCGGCUGCCGUUGAAGCUUUGAAAGAAGCUGGAAAUAGAGUGAGACUUGUUGUUAAAAGGCGCAAAGAUGUUGUCAUUGAAUUACUUAAGGGUGACAAAGGACUUGGUUUUAGCAUUGCCGGAGGGAUUGGGAAUCAACACAUUCCAGGUGAUAAUGGAAUUUAUGUUACCAAAAUUAUGGAAUACGGAGCAGCUCAUCUUGAUGGUAGAUUACAAGUCGGUGAUAGACUUAUUGCUGUCAAUAAUAAAAAUCUAGAAAAUAUUACUCAUGAAGAAGCUGUUGCUACACUUAAAUCAACCGCUGAUCGAGUUGUAUUAACUGUUUUGAAAGGAAAUGUGAGGCCAACACUAAAUGAUCCAACCGUUUAUCAAUCUUAUUCCAAUCGUAGCCAUUCACCUAACCCAGUAAAACCAAUCUGUACUCUUCCAUCAACAUCUACAUGUCUUACCUCAUGUCCAAUAACCACUGGUUUCCCUCAGAAGAGCCCAGGAACUGAAGAGGAAUGGUGGAGACAAGGUGGUGUUAUUAGAGAAGGACGAGAAACAGCGUUUGGUAUGGUUCCAACUGGGUAUAAUAUGGCUCCAUCUCCAUCUAUUCCUGAUUCGAAUAAACCUAUUGAUUACAGCACUACUGGCCAGGAGAUUAUGAACGUUGUUGGUGGAAAAUUGGAUAAAGAAAUUGAUUAUUCAACUCGUGAACCAAGAACCGUGGUAUUAACUAAAAGCUCAACAGGUCUUGGCUUCAAUAUUGUUGGUGGUGAAGAUGGAGAGGGUAUUUUUAUAUCUUUCAUACUUUCUGGUGGACCUGCUGAUUUAAAUGGCCAAUUAAGACGCGGAGAUCAAAUAUUAUCUGUUAAUGGUUUUGAUUUGAGGCAUGCUAAUCAUGAACAAGCAGCAGCAGCUCUCAAGGGAGCCGGUCAAACGGUUACUCUAGUCGUUCAGUACAGGCCUGAAGAAUAUAACCGAUUCGAGGCGAAAAUUCAUGAUAUGAGAGAACAUAUUAUUUUAAAUGCUUCAGGAAGCCUGAAAACUUCAAUCAAGCGAUCCUUUUUUGUCCGUGCUCUUUUCGAUUAUGAUCCUAUGAAAGACUCUGGCUUGCCAAGUCGAGGAUUACUUUUCCGUUUUGGUGAUAUACUUCAUGUUAUAAAUGCUUCUGAUGAUGAAUGGUGGCAAGCAAGACGAGCUUUACCAGACGGUCAAGAAUCUGAAUUAGGAAUCAUCCCUUCAAGAAAAAGGGUAGAAAAAAAAGAAAGAGCACGUUUGAAAUACGUUAAGUUUCAAGAAAAAUCGGGCUCUGAUGGUAAAAUGAGCACUAUUGAUAGGAAAAAGAAAAACUUUUCCUUUUCACGAAAAUUUCCUUUCAUGAAAUCACGAGAUACUGAAGAUGAGAGUGAUGAAAGAGACGAUAGAUCGCCAACUAAAGAUCAAGUUGAAUCUUUGUCGGAAGCUGAUCCAUCAAAUGAAGUGGAUAACCAUAAAGAAGAUAAUGUACUUUCGUACGAAUAUGUUAUUCAACAGGAAAUUAAUUAUAGACGACCUGUCAUCAUACUGGGACCAUUAAAAGAUAGAAUCAAUGAUGAUCUUAUUUCGGAAUUUCCUGAAAGAUUUCAAUCUUGUGUACCUCACACCACCAGGCCUCCUCGUGAUUACGAAAUUGAUGGACGAGAUUAUCAUUUUGUUGCAAGUCGUGAACAAAUGGAAAAAGAUAUUCAAAACCAUUUAUUCAUUGAGGCCGGUCAAUACAACGAUAACCUUUAUGGGACCUCUGUUGCCUCUGUCCGCUCAGUUGCUGAAGCUGGUAAACAUUGUAUCCUUGAUGUUAGUGGAAGUGCAAUUAAAAGACUACAGGCAGCCGGACUUCAACCCAUAGCCAUAUUUAUUAAACCCAGAUCAAUUUCUUCCUUAAUGGAUAUGAAUAAAAGGUUGGCCGAGGAUGAAGCUAAAAAGCUUUAUGAAAGAGCCAUGAAGCUGGAACAAGAAUUCGCUGAAUAUUUCACAUCCAUCAUUUCUGGAGAUACUCCUGAGGAGAUCUAUGCAAAAGUUAAAUCUGCCAUAAGUGUGAAUGAUUCAUCUAUUAUUUGGGUACGACCUAGAGAUCAAGGAUUAUAAAUCUAAUUAAAAAUUUGAAAACUAAAAGUUUGAUGAUGGAAAGACAACUCGAUCUUCCUCCAAUAUUUUGUCUCUAUCUAUUCACCAGCAUCAUAACUUUUCAUUUUAUGAAAAACAUCUCACCUUAAUAUCGUGAUUCAUCACAAGCCCAACACACAAAUUAAGAAUUACAAACUUACCUAAAAUACACAUUCAUAAAACGCUUGUUUCGAAUGUUCAGCCAAAGAAAUUUCGUGAACACAUACUUCCUCUCUUCGGACAGCUUUCUCUAUUUUUAGCUCUCCAACGUUCUGUCACGUUAAUUAUGUUUUUUUUAACAAAAAGCGUAAAAGCAAGCAAUCGAAAAACCUUUUUAAACAAGCUCACUACUGCUCACAAGAAACUUCAUUAAAGAUGCUCUGGAUGUGCUUUCUUUUGAUUCCAAAUUUUACUUAAAAUCAUUGCUAAUAUUAAUAUUACAAAUUCUUCACCCAUUGCUCUGCUUUGCUUCUUUGUUCAUCAGCUCUUCCAUCAUUCAUUUUAUUGAUGUCAUCUUCAGAUUCAAAAUCUAUUCUGUCUUUAACUCUAACUCUCUGUCUUCACGUCACGUCAUUUCAUUUAAAAUUGUUUCAAAAACCAUGCUUUUAUCUGUUGAAUUCCUGAAGAAAAACAAAUGAGAUCAAAAACAAUAAUUACAUACACUUACAUAGAACAAGAUUGUUUUUUCUCUCCAAAUCACUAGUAAAACUAUUUAAUUUAACAACAAUUAACCAAUCUCAUGAUUUUUUAGUUUUCUAAAUGUUAGUGAAUGAGUGAGAGAGAAAUAAUAAAUUGCAAAUAAAUGUA